AUGGCGUUCCAAGAGGUGAGUUUAGUACACAAACAUGCCAAAGUACAUGUGAGAAAUGUCUCAGGUAUUAACAUCAUUGCUACUUUCAUCCAUUGUUAUUGUUUCAACAAGAGUAGUGAACAUCACUUUAAACAAUAUGAAAAGUAAACGAAGAAGAGAAAUUAAAAAGUAAGAAAUUACUAAACUGCGGGCCAGGAUCGCUUCAUGCAUUCUAACGAAGUUUAACUCCAUGAAAUGACGUUGAAAGUAAUCACACUUUGCAUGAAGAUGUCCAGCGUCUUUAGAAUCCCCAUAGGAAGACAUUGAUUUAAUACUUUUCUAUUAUGAAUUUCUCUCAUUAGGUUGCCCCAUCAGCGUGACCUCGCUGGAGGAGGAGACCUUUGCACUGGAAACCAAUAAAUGUAAAAUGGUAUUUUAACACUUUAUACAUCGAGGUGGGGGGACAACCACACUACAGGGAAAGACACUAUAGUGUUCCUUUAACCCUAUGAGAUGCCAUGCUUUGUUCAGCUAUAUCCCCAGUCAUGCAUAAAGGGGAGAUCUAAUUAUGCCAGACACUUAUUACAAUGUGAAUAGAUCUGAUUCGAUGAAACGGUUUUACUUUUGUUUGGAAAUAUUUAGGUUCUCCUGUAGCCCACUUUUUUUUUUUUUAAACGUAGGGUUUAUUCCUUAAAGUGAAAACUGAAUUUCUAAUUUAAGGUCAAAGUAGCUGAACUGGAAAAGUUCUCUAAAUCAGCUCUUCUUCCACUUCAGCUACUUUGCCCUUAACAUCAAUUUGAAUUCUCACUUGGCUGCCGCCAUGCCCGUCCGAUCGAUCUUUUUCAGCUCAUCUGCCAGGAGCCCGUGUCAGUGCCGUACAAAAACACAACAUGCCCAAGUACCACACUGAUAUCUAUGGAGAAUCCUAUAAGACUUAAAGUAUAUAAAGAUAAUUGGCACAACCGAAAAAGUGACCAAAAAAUCUUUAAUAAGUAAAAUACACAAUAUAAAUGUCCAUAAACGCGUUAAAUUAAAGAUUUUUUGGUCACUUUUUCGGUUGUGCCAAUUAUCUUUAUAUACUUUAUACUUUAUACUUUUACCUGGCAUUUUCUACCUCUGGACUCCAAGCAAUCCUUGGUGGCAAUUAUUCCACCUACGCUAUCGUCAAGGAGCAGUCAGCCUGCUCCAACCUUGUGAGUACCAUUUUAUUUAUUUUUAUUUCUAAAUUAUUUUAUACAGAGAGCACUAUUGGUUGUGUCUUUUUAUUCUCUUUGAGUGGCAUUUACCCUUGAAGAAAAGAAAGCUGCAUCAUAUCCUACAAGCGGGGAUCAAAACCGCUGUACGCUUUCCAUACUAGAGCUAGCUAUAGCUCUAUUAAAUGUGAGUGCAAUAUUAUUCUUUCUAUAUCAUCUGCUAUACCCUAGUGAACAUAUUACACUAUUUUGGUCAUCUGUUUUAUCUUUUUAUAUCAUUGGAUCCACCUGAGGAAGGACAGCGAGGACAUUGUUCCUGAUUCACCAUUGUAUAGACUACCCUAUGCAAGGAAGACCUAUUCAGCUAAGACUUAUUUUAUUUUAUUUGGACUUUCUCUUUUAUUUGGACUAAUUUUACUUGUUGUUUCUUUUUACUUAUUGGUUUUAUCUGGCACAACUUUUUUACUUUUUUUCUUUUCAGAUUAUGCCCCUUACCUGAUGGUUUCCUUUUGUUUGCAUGGGGCAGCACUGGAAGGAUGUGAGUCACCUCCUCUCAACAAAAAUAGUUGGUAACAAGGCAAGAAUGGCGCAUGCACUGAAAUCUAUUGGUACCGCUACCCCAUAAUUACCAAAAAUGAUAAUCCAUACUGGAAUGAUUGUACUCUUUCAGAUUAAUUGUAUUCCUGGGAAACAGCGGUGCUGGUACUUGUAUCCCUCAUUUUAACAGUAAACAAAAAAAGUAAAAAUAGACUCACUCAUAUAAUAUCCCACAAAUUUUCACCAGAAAGUUUUGAUAAGUGCUGUUUAUUGACCUGUUUGUUCAUGCAUGGCAGUAAAACAGACCCCAUUAUUGCAGGCCAAUCUAUUCACACAGUAAAAAAACAGGUCUACAAACAGACGGAAAAAAAAGAAUUCGAACUAUAGGAAAAUUGGAUGAGUUCCGCGUCGACCACCUAUGCUUCCUCAGCAGGAAUAGACUGCAGCUAGGUUACCACUUGAUGUCAGUGAAGCCAACCUAUUUAGACAAACAAAAUUAGGCAAACAGCAGGGCAGCUAAGCCAAGGCUUCAUUGUAUGUGGUGAAUGUGAACAUAUUUAUGUUUGUGCUCUUUGGUAAGUUUAUUUCAGUGUGUCUGUGAAUGUUUUUCAGUGUGUGCAUGUAUCUGUAAGUGUUUGUUAGGGAGACCGGGCAAUGGUUUUCCAAGAGACCACAUAAUUUCAGAAGGCAGCCCUUAGUACCCACUUGAUAAUUAGUUCCUGCUGUUUUCAUAGAUUGUGGAUAAACCCAAGCUACCAAGGUAUCUUAGUUGAAUUGACUCACCAAAGGUUGCAACAAAGUUUAGAAAUACAUACGUUCCAACAGCACAACAGUAAACACUUACAAUUUGGUAACUGCGCCUGUUGGCAUGGGUGGAUGUCACCCCAUUUUGGGGGCACAUACUUCCUUACUUCACCUGUGAGGUGAAUUGGGUAACAUACAAGCGUUUUCCACGGCCACUUCCUUUCUAAGCUUUCAUAUCUCCCAAGGCUGAUCCGAGGGAUAAAGUGCUAUCUGUAUUGUCAUUAAACUUGGAAAAUAGAUAUAUUGAAUAAUACCUUUUUUUUCAUUCAAUAUAAUUACUACAAGGUCCCUUCCAAUUUCCAGUCAAGACCAUAUUAAUUUUUCAUGUCAAUGAGCAUCACUUUUCAUGUUUUGUGUAAAUUAAGCUGUGGAAAUUGUUAUAUAAUCAUUGCUGGUUCAUGGUUUUUAUUUUGACUGGUGAAGAAAACCCAUUGUAAAUAAUUAUAGAUAUAAUUUAUAAUAUUUGCCAUUAUGUUACAGGGGGUCUUCUCUUCACUGCCCCCAAAAUAGUAAGAACCAAUUGCAUUACAGCUUGCAAGAGGUCUUAGUAAGUUUAUUGGCACAUGUUAUGGACCACGCUGGCCACUGUAGGUCAUCAUAUAGCACCGCACCCUGAGCAUGCAAAGAUUGUUGGUUGUUGGUCGUUGCUCUAUACCGCCCCACCCAGAUAGCACUAUAACAUUGAAACCCCGCCCACCGGAAAGCCGCGCAUGCGCGCACACUGAGAAUACCUGGGCGUAUCUGCAGCUGUCAAGGUGAGCGCUCUGGGCCCAGGUGAGGGGUCACGUGGUGUUCUGUAUUCUUAAAACCUCUAUUUAUUUUUAAUUUUGUUUAGUCUUUUUCCCACCAGUUGGUGGAGGACAAGUAGCGGUCCGCAGCAUUUGUAUGGUGUAGGGAGCAGGCAGGCCCUGCAACUACAAUUCCCAUCAUGCUUAGUUUCUGGAUGAGCUUGAUAGGAGUAAAGUCCUGAGCUACAUAACCCCUUUAUAAUAAGUCAUCUGCAGCUGGAGUAGUAUGAUCACUAUAUAAUUAUAUUUUAAUAAGAAUAAAAAAAUAACUCUAUAAUUUUUAUAACUAUUAAUGAGCUUCCUGGCUCACCUUCAUUCUACUUAUUGUAGCAGCAUUGAUUAUUUACAAAAAUCUGUCAGCCCCAAUAGAUGAAAUAUUAGGGCAAGAUCUGAUCUGGCGUUUGCACACUGUCAGCAUCACUCAAGGAAACAAACUUACUGCAGUUUUCUGCUAAAAAGUUCUGUAAGAUUGCAGAGUAGUUUUCUUAAUGUAUUUUCAUGAAUGAAGUUACUACAAGAUUGGACUGGACAUAUGCUUAAAAAAAAUAAAAGAAAAAAAAUUCAAAUGGUAAUGGAGAAGGUGACUGCUGUACAUGGAAAAUUAGAAAAAACUAUUUCCUUUCUGCUGACGUGUCUCAGUCCCGGUUCAUAAAGUGCAAUAAAUAUAUAGAAAACAGUUUAUUGGAAACCAUGUAUAGAGGAGAACAUAAUCUUCAUGCCCCUCCCUGUGUCAUUGUACAACGCUCGAGACUUGAGCUAUAUAUGCACAGACAUGUGACCCCUGGCAUAAACACAUCUACCCUUUCCUCUAAUUUUUUUUUUUUUCUUCUUGCAGAGUUACUUCUCCUUAUCGUCUUCAUGCUUGUAAUUCUAUGAAGUAUCUCUAGGGUAAAUUUUAUAAUCGUAUUCCAAACAAAAUGCAAGCAGUUUGAUGAAUACGUAUUGUUCGCUUUUUUUUUUUUUUUUUGAGCAUAGAAUCCUCACCCUAGGAGGUAGAUCCUCUGAAACAAGGAAUUUUAACCUAAUAUGUACCUCUGGGAUAAAUGUUGCAAGUCCUCGCUGGUGUCAUAUAUUACUAUUGGUAGGGUGUGGUUUCCAAAGGUAGCCAGUAGGAGGAGAUAAGUAUUAUAUAAUACCACAAGCGUGCAAUUCUCUUUAUUCCGUAAUUGUAUCUCUCUCGGAAUACAUCACACCCUUGUUGAACGGAUCUCAUUUCAAGGUAAGAUUAAAAUCUCCCAUCCCACUUGUUCAGGUUUACAUCCUAGGGGAGCCUUGUAUUGCUCCAUCCAAAGUCUCAAACACGGCCCCGGUAAGAUGGAUUACCCAAACCUACAUUGACCCAGAACCAACUUCCAAACACCACGCUAUUUAGUAAGAGGAAUUACUUCCCCGCACAUAUUGCCCUCCAAAAAAGACAUAGCCGUAAAUAUUCCAUAUCUGUUUAAUUAUCUCACAUGGUUUAGCCAAAUUGUUAAAGAAAAUCUGCUCCUAGAUUCUGUGUGGCACAUGAAAAACAUCGCUAUUAUAUUAUUAGUCCUUAAAAAAUGCAAUUUUUAGAGUUCUGUUUUCCAAACUUUAUUUUUGUGUGUGUGAGGACGUUUUGGAAUUAUCUGUAUCAACCGCAUGGGUGAAUGUAAAUCUCUUAAUGUGACUGAGAUACUCAUAGUUGACAUUUAAUUGGGAGCGUCACUGAACACCCAACCUGCAUUGUAUUUGUUUUGAUUGUAUGCCUGGCAUGGGGUACUUGGCUGGGCUGGUGCCAAGUUUCCAGGAAAGCUGUGUAGAAGGACUCCUUCAGCGCCAAAGCUGAGAUUUAUAAAAUACCUUUCUGAGGCUUGUCUGUAGACUGAUUUAGAAAGAUAGAGACUUGUUUUGACCCCACAUCUCAUCAUACAGUAAGCACAUUAGGUAGAUUAACCCUUUCUAAAAUAGGGUUAUAUCCCUCUGUUUUAUAUAGAGGUGACAGUGGCUCUAAAAGAGCCAAUUUCACCAAUCACCAACUAAGGGAAACCACGACAGGGCACUGACCGAAAGGUAAUUUGGGUUUAAAUACCCCUCCUUUGGCUGUAAUUGGCUGCCUCCGACCUCUGACCUCAAAAGUGCGUGUGCAUCUAUGACGUGACCACGCACGUUGGUGCCAUCUUUGGUGUGGGCGAAGGUACGUUUUUAUUAUUAAAAAAUCCGAACCUAAGAGCGUCGCACCCGCUGGGGACCAGAACAGAGGGAGGUCGGGCAGUGAUCUGCCGCGAACAAGGUAAGUAAAAUUUGUUUGUCGUGUGGUUGCUUACUUUAUGUGUAACCACGCCGGCAGGAUCACCAGGAGCCGAGACAGACAGGAGCUCUUAACGAGCUUCAUAACACCUCAGUUAAAGACCUCCAUGGAGAGUGGGGUAGGAGAUCAUUGUAUGUAACAGUAAGAAAUGAGAAACCAGCGCACUCCCCAUCUACUAAACAGCUACUUUUGUGCUGACAGAUUUUGUAAGUUUUAUUAAAAACACCUAAUCUAGGCAAAAAACAACGGGGAUUUAGUUACAUUAUAUGAUCAUCUAUUGCAUAAGCCUGCCACGUCAAUGUACCCCAUAUUCGUCAGGUCCUACUCUAACUGCCUAAUGUCUGCUAAAUUGUAUGUAACAGUCAUCACCUGCAUCCUAAACGGACAACACAUGCCUCAUUUGAAAGGGUGUCCCCUUAAGUUAAACAGAGGGCGAUUGGGGCUCAAUUAGAGGCCCCUCUCCUUAUUUUCUGCACAUGUGGGUGGUGAUCACAGAUUUUGUGGUAAACGCCUGCAUCUUAGGGGGGACUAGUGGUCCCAUAUUUGAAAGGGCAGAAAAUGCUAUUUUAAACAAGCAUACUCUUGUCUUUCCCUUGUAGGUUGUGUAAGGGCAGAGAUCUCUGGAUCGGGAGAUGACCUCUCUUUUUUGCGUUGUCACAAUGCACUGCAUGGUGGUGUCAGAAGGGUCCUGGGGCAACCUUAGUACAAUGAAGAGAGAUCUUAUGAUCCAUGUUUACUAUUAUGACUAGGCUUCUUAGGAUGUCCUUUUUUGGUAAAUGGGUUGGGCGUACUAAAGGUGCGAUAUGUAUAAUGGGCAGGGAAUGAGAUGUGGAAAGGGAAAAGCAAUUUAGCUCCAUAUAUGGCCUCGUAAAGUCCUGCAACCAAGUGACAGUGACCCUUGGCCCCCUCUAUUCAUUGUACGAUGUAUAGAAGUGGCAGCUGGACUCUAAGGACAAUGUUAUUAGAAGAAUAGUUCAACAGACUGAAUAAUUCCUAUAUUAAAACAAUAAAUAAAAAUGAUAGUACCUAGCUAGCAGAAUCAUUUAAAUGCCUUGAUUGUUAGUUGCCAAAAAUAAAUGUGGCUAGUUUCCAGUUUAGCUUGGUAAUUAAAAGGAUAGGCAAAACAGGUCGCUUCCAGUCCAGAGAAAUAAGCCCUGCACUCAAACUCCCAGUAAUCUUGGCUUGCAAGCAAAUAUAUUUCAAACUUUAUAAAGUGAAACGUGUAGACACUGAUAUUUAAGUUGGAGAACAAGCCUGAUUGCAUUUAGUAAAAGAUAUUUUAAAAAUAAAUGACAUAAUGUGAAUAUUGUAUAUGUAAGGAGGAUCAGGAUCAUGACGAAAAUCCACAAGAGGGACUGAAACAUUGAUCUUCUCUUAACUAUUUCAAUAAAAGUUAAGUUUUAAGGAAAUCUGAGAGUGCAGCCAACUAUUUCAAUUGCCUGGAUACUGGAGCCCUGGUGAUGCAACAGUGUAUAUAUAUAUAUAUAUAUAUAUAUAUAUAUAUUAUUGAUACAUUUAUUCUUCUAAUUCAAAAUAUUAGUUCUUUUAGGGUAAUUAAAUUAUACAGUAAAGCAUACUCACACAGACAAUCUUACUGAUGCACACAAAUAGGCUCAUUGACAGACAAUCUCAAUGACACACACAGACAAGGUGUCACGUGCGUGGGCUAUAGGCCCAGCCGAGACAGUGGGGAGAGUGUGGAAGUGACAGGGUUAAUGACACCAGACCCCUGGUUACCUGUUGCUAGUCCCAGCAACCACUCAAUUAACCCCUGCAAUCCCUUCUACACUAUCCCCCUUAGUACUACUGCCACCACCAAGACUUUUAAACCCGGGCGUCUUAGGUUACCCCACACACAGGAGAAUUAUAGUAUCACAGUUCUACUUUUACUGAUAAAACAUAUAUAGUUAACCCUUUUGGUAACGUGUUUACCUGAGCUUUCCUCUGGAGAGUGAAGCUCAUAGAGAACAGAGACACAAGCUGAUUAAGUAAACAUUUAAUCUGACAAAAAGGAUUCACAGUGCUGAGUACAAAAUGCAGAAAUAAAUGAUAUACAGAUAACAAAUUGCAAAACAGUACAUAAAAUAAAAUAGGAGAAAACACAAGAAAUUCCUUACAUAUAUUUACCCCAUAUAGAAUUCUUGUGGGAGUCUUAGAUGGUAUAGAUCUCCUAGAAGUUACUGACAAAAGAAAAAUGAAUAACUGACCUCCCUGGAUAGUCCAACACCCUCAUAUAUCUAAACUAGUUGUUUCUCAGUGGGCAGACCCCUGGGGGGGAUCAGAGGGGGCUGGUCUGGCAGUCUAUUGCCCACUCUAUGAAAUUCCUUGUGUCCAGCUCUGGUGAUGGCUAUCUAGAUGUUUUAUGGUCUAGGCCUGGUGCAAGAUCAAAGACCACAAUAAAUGUCAUCCCAAGGUUUACAAAAAAACAACUCUUAACGUAUAUAAACACACAUCAAAUACCAACUCAUGCUUUUGGCAUGACACCUCCCCCUUAAGAUGGUGGACAGAAAAAUUCAGCCAUAGGCUGAUUUAUCUGUCUACCAUUAACCCUCUAGUUGCCGAGACAGGCCAUCUGCAUUCCCAUGCAAGCGGCCCUUUUUGUGAUGGGCAGUGAAAUUAUACUGUUGGAGGAUAGGGCUCCAAUGGAGCAGUUUAUCAGUGUUACCUGUCACCUGCAGCAGGUUGUGAUCAGUCCAAACCACAGCUACAUCCUCAAACAUGCCUGAUUUGCCUGUUUCAAUUCCCCAUCGAUCUCUGGUAACAUCCCUUAAACCACACCCACUGAGCUCAUGUAGUAGUUGUAAGGGGAAGAAACCAAUGGAUUUCUGCAGCACUCCCCGGUAAGCCCACAAAAAAGCAGAAAGAGAACACUCCCAGGAUAGAUGUGCUGUAUCAACAUCCAUCAUCUCUUUCAUUUUGCGGUCUGUCUGCUGGCCUUGUUGCACUAUCAGACUCUGAACCUUUGGUUCACAAUCAGAAAGUUGCUUAGGUGUAUGCGUGAGUUGUGAUAAACUGACAAGGUUCCUGGUUCCUCCAACAGUAUGUUUCCCUGCAGCCAUCCUUCCUGGACCCACAAGCUGAGUCUGUCUGUGCCCCUCACUUUCACUCUGGGUCAUCACACAUACCGAACUUUGGAAACUGGCUAAGUCUGGCGCAGAGUAAAGCUCACACACCCUCUGCCCUCCCUCAUAGCCUUGCUGUCCCUUCACAUUUUCACCCACCACAUCACAUACAUUUUCACAGGACACAUUUGACCCCCCUUGAUCAGAUACAGAAUUUUGCACACACUCACAUAAUUUCUUCUCCAAGGCAGGCCAUCCUCUCGCAAUCUCACAUAGCCCCUCAGACUCUGCAGCCGUGACCCACUGCUGACUUGUUACCACUGCGACUAGUGGUACACAUCCCUGGCUCUCACCUUCCUCCUCCCCCUUACUCUCUGACAUCCCAGCCUCACAGUAUUUUAAUACAGGCACAUCACUACUCACCCCUAUCUCACAUUUGGUAGACAUCACUGGUUCAGUUACAGGUAGAUAUUUAUCCACACCCUGCUCUCCCUCCCAGCAAUCACACUUCACAAUGUCUCCCAAAGUUUCACACAAUACCUUAGGUGGAGCAGUAAGCCCUUCUGGCUCACAAACAGUGUCCGCUGGAGCAUAGUGACAGAGCAUCCUGCCCAAAUCAUUCCCCAACAGAACAUUAACAGGGAUAUCCUCUGAAAUCCCCACUUCCCGCAAACCUUUUCCCGCACCCCAAUCAAGGUACACACUUGCCAAGGGCACAGCGGGGCGUACACCCCCAAUUCCUUUGAUGGACAUGGUUCUUCCAGGGAUUAUGUCCUCCGUAUUCACCACUUCAGGUCGCACCAGGGUGAAGGAAGCUCCAGAAUCUCUCAGCCCCAUGGUCACUCUGUCACCCACAAUUACACUCUGCAGGUUAUCCUCUCGUUUCCCCACAGACCCACCCACAAGCAAUACUGAUGGUGCCCCUCCACGGACUGGUGAGGGCAUAUUCCUAGUGGGGCAAGUCCUGCUCAGAUGACCAAUCUGGUUGCAUCGAAAACAACGGCGGGCAUCUGACUCACUUGACAUAGCCCUGGCUACGCUGGCAGUCGGCAGUGAAGUUCUCACUGCAGAUCUUAUAGGUGGUGAUUGAACUGUUGCUUCUCUCCAGGUCGAAGUAGCAGCUGACACAAGUCCACGCCUGGAUGUGGGUGCAUGGAUGUCGGCAUAGUCAUCUGCCAGUUCUGCAGCAGCCCUAGCAUUUUUUGGCUUUCUUUCCAAAAUCCACUCUCGUACAUUAGGGCUCGGGUCUGCAAGAACUGCUCCAGGACCAUUAAGUCAUUAAGGGCUUCAUAGGUAGUAGCUUGUACUCCUGUUACCCAUUGCCGGAACGUGGUUUCUAAUUGUGCAACAUAUAGAAUGCAGCUGGAUGAUGGGCAUUGCUGCAUACUCCUAAACUUUUUCCUGUAAGACUCAGGAGUAAGGUUAAAAGUUUUUUGCAAUGCAGAUUUGAUUGCCUCAUAGUUGUUAUCAGUCUCUGGGGGAAGGGACACAAACACAUCCAAGGCUUUCCCUUUCAAUUGUGGAGUUAAAUAUCUGCCCCACUGGUCUGAGGGUAGUUGAUGCUGCCUGCAUACUUUCUCAAAACUUUUUAAAAAUACAUCCAAAUCUGUCCCUUCUUCGAGGGAAGGAAAAUCAUCCUUACGGAGCCUACGUGUGCUGGACUCUGAUGCAUUGCUGUUCAGUGAGGACUGAAGGGUAAAUUGCAGUUUAGCAAGUUCCAGCUCAUGUCUCCUUUGUGCCUCCCUUUCUGCAGAUUCCCUUUCUGCAGCCUGCUGUUGGAUCAUCACAUGCAGGGCCUCCUGAGGAUUUGCAGCCAUCAGUUGCCGAAAUAAAUCAGUUGAGCAAAUGUCCUUAAUGUUUUGAGGGGUACAACCACCAGGCAUUUCAGUAAGCAACACUCCUGUAGUAGGGAGCUCGGUAACCCUUUCAGUGUCCGUCUCUGGCUGGAAAAUAUGGCUGUCAGCCUCCACAAGGUCAGCAAUAAGUUGUGCCUUAUUUUUGCCAAAAGUUGGUAAAUUCUUUUCUUGGCACAACAAUUCCAAGGCCUCUUUUGAUUGUUUGCGAUAGGCCUCCAUAUUCACAAAUAGGAUAGAGAAAGAAAAACAAAAGAUGGAAGGGGAGAACUGUUUUGCACUUUGUAUGUAUUUUAAAUCAGCACUGAGCUUGGUCUUUGGAAAUUACACAAAAACAAGUAUGCAAUUUCUUUUAGUGCUAAGACCCCCUUUACAGGUAAAAUCUAGCAAGCACUAAAAAUCUCUAAAUAUAUCCCACUAGCUGCCGCCAGUUUGUCACGUGCGUGGGCUAUAGGCCCAGCCGAGACAGUGGGGAGAGUGUGGAAGUGACAGGGUUAAUGACACCAGACCCCUGGUUACCUGUUGCUAGUCCCAGCAACCACUCAAUUAACCCCUGCAAUCCCUUCUACACUAUCCCCUUAGUACUACUGCCACCACCAAGACUUUUAAACCCGGGCGUCUUAGGUUACCCCACACACAGGAGAAUUAUAGUAUCACAGUUCUACUUUUACUGAUAAAACAUAUAUAGUUAACCCUUUUUGGUAACGUGUUUACCUGAGCUUUCCUCUGGAGAGUGAAGCUCAUAGAGAACAGAGACACAAGCUGAUUAAGUAAACAUUUAAUCUGACAAAAAGGAUUCACAGUGCUGAGUACAAAAUGCAGAAAUAAAUGAUAUACAGAUAACAAAUUGCAAAACAGUACAUAAAAUAAAAUAGGAGAAAACACAAGAAAUUCCUUACAUAUAUUUACCCCAUAUAGAAUUCUUGUGGGAGUCUUAGAUGGUAUAGAUCUCCUAGAAGUUACUGACAAAAGAAAAAUGAAUAACUGACCUCCCUGGAUAGUCCAACACCCUCAUAUAUCUAAACUAGUUGUUUCUCAGUGGGCAGACCCCUGGGGGGGGAUCAGAGGGGGCUGGUCUGGCAGUCUAUUGCCCACUCUAUGAAAUUCCUUGUGUCCAGCUCUGGUGAUGGCUAUCUAGAUGUUUUAUGGUCUAGGCCUGGUGCAAGAUCAAAGACCACAAUAAAUGUCAUCCCAAGGUUUACAAAAAAAACAACUCUUAACGUAUAUAAACACACAUCAAAUACCAACUCAUGCUUUUGGCAUGACACAAGGUUACUGGCACACACACAAAUUUAGUACAGACAAACUCUGAUACACACACAAGCUUACUACAGACAAGCUCACUGUCCCACACACACGGUCACUACAGACAAACUCACUGAUGCGCACACACUUUCCCUACAGACAAGCCCAUUGACACACACAUGCUCCCUACAGAAGAGCUCACUAACACACAGAUUCACUACAGACAAGCUCACUGACACACACAUGCUCACUACAGACAAGCUCACUGACACACAUAUGGUCACUACAGGCAGGCUCACGAUCACACUCAUGCUUACAACAGACAAGCUCACUGUACACACAUGCUCACCACAGACAGGCUCCGACAUACCCAUGCUCCUUACAGACAAGCUCACUAACACACACACACACAUAUGAUCCCUACAGACAAGCUCACUGACACACAUACAAGCUCACUCACUAGCAGGCACACACAUACACACACACACACACACACACAGAGGCUCCCUCACUAGCAGAUGCGCGCGCACACACACACACACACACACACACAGAGGCAGACAGUCACUGACACCAAGGCAAACAUCCACACAUACAGAGACAGGCAGACAGCCUCACACACACACAGGCAGACAGUCACACACACACACACACACAGACAGACACACACAGACACACACACAGUCACACAGUCACACACUCACAGGCAGUCACACACAGACACACUGACCUCCUUCUUAUCUCCUGCAUGGAGAUCCUGGAGGCUGGUUGUUGGGGAAGCAGGGACUCCUUCCUGCUUCCCAUGCUGCAGUUAGCUAGGCCCACGCCGCACAGUAAGCUCCGCCCCGCCACAAGCUAAGCCCCGCCCUGCUGUAAUUCCGCCAUCCCCCCCCCCCCCCCGCAAUUUUUUUUAUGAUCCCCGCCGACAAUGUGUGAGCUGUGCCGGCCGCCUGGCUCCCCCUGCUCCCAUUGGGCUCUAUGGAGACGCAAAGCUCACACAUGACCGGCCGGGAUCACAGGAGUCUGAGCAAUGAUUAGGGCUGUCAGCCCAGCCCCAGGUGCCGCGGCCCUGAUUGACACAUAUAACACACAGAGAACACUGAUACACACAUUUAUACACUGAUACACAUUUACACACAGAGGAAACUGAGACACACAACACAAUCAAUGACAGACACACUCAGUGAUUUGACAACACCGACACACACUCACACUGAUUUGACACACACAUUUAGUGAUAUAUAUAUACACACACACACACAAAUUAUUAUUUUUUUUAUAUUAUUUUUAUUAAAGUCCACCCAUCCUCCCUACCUUUGGGGAGCUGCAGUGGAUCCUUUCUUUGGGAUCCAGUGUGGGGCAUGUCUAAUCUCCAUGCUCUUCCGGCACUCCUCCUUUGCACGCGGUUAAGUGAUGCAAGUCAUCAGAACAUAGUGCCAGUUGUCAAUGAUCUGUCAUAAAUAUCUCUGUAAUUAGUGAUAAAGUAACUCCAAACACCUGGAAAUAUUGAUGCCUAUAAAAGGUAAAAUAAGAUACCAGAUGUCUGCUCAGGGUACAAUGAGACGAGUUCAAUCUGAGACCUUUGUUCUGCUGUCCCAGCCUCACCUGUGGGAAUGCCAGAGAAAGUCACCUUUGCAACACUGUUCAGAACAAAUCUUCCCCCAUUCUAUGUUAUUCCUCCUCCUCAUACUAUACUAAUGAUGGGAAAGGAGAAGAUCUUAUAAAAGUGAUGGACGGCGAGCCCAGAUAAGGACGCUCAGUUCCAUGAUAGAGCAGUGUAGCUUUCUACAUUUAAAGGCGCAGUCUAACGAACCAUAACAAAUAGAUGCCAUUGUUAUGUAGCUUUGAGGAUUGGGUGAAUGUAAUUUGAAGUGCAGUCUUUAAAUGCUGUCGAAAUAGUGUAGAAAAUUCAUAUUGCCAAUAAGGAUGUAUAACAUCCUCGUUAUUAACACAACAAUCAUAGGGGCUGUGCUGUGGGUACCAGUUUUGAUUUAAAAAAAAUAAGAGAAUCUUAUAGUAAGCACUGGCUGCUUAUUAUAAUGUAAUUUAUAAGUGUGCCUUUAAUUACAUUUUCAGACAUCACAAACACUUAUUUUAAAAAUACAAUAAAAUAACUACAAAACAGACAAAUAUACGACACAGAAAAAAACAAAAGAAAAAAAAAACCCUCUAAACCAGAACACAGGUACAAUGAAAUAAAUUCUAGUAUUCACACUCCAGUCUCUCUGAAUCUCUUAUCUCCAGGUAUCUCCAAAGCAUCCUCCUCAGCUAUGAGGCAACUGGCAUCCCUUGUUUCACUUUGCAAAACAUAAAAUAGGGGAGGGGGGAGACAACCAGAGGAUCAUAAUAAUGCACGGUUUAUUAAGAAUAAAAAUGAACUCUUAAAGGGACACUAGUCACUAGAUUGUCCUAGAUUAGAUUAUUGAAUUUGUUCUGGUGAGUAGAAUCAUUACCUUCAGGCUUUUUGCUGUAAACACUGUCUUUUCAGAGAAAAUGCAGUGUUUACAGUACAGCCUAGUGAUAACUUCACUGGCCACUCCUCAGAUGGCUGUUAGAGAUCCUUCCUGGGUCAUUGCUGCCUAAAAUGCAUCCAAACAUUCAGUAUCUCCUCCCUCUGCAUGCAGACACUGAACUUUCCUCAUAGAGAUUCAUUAAUUCAAUUCAUCUCUAUGAGGAGAUGCUGAUUGGCCAGGGCUGUGUUUGAACCAUGCUGGCUCUGCUCCUGAUCUGCCUCUUUCUCAGUCUCAGCCAAUCCUAUGGGGAAGCAUUGUGAUUGGAUCAGGCUACCACUUCUGUUGUCAGCAGGCAGUGGGCAGGUCUAAAGGAAACCGGGACAAAGUAAGCAGCUCCAGACUUGAAUACAAGUAGUAAGAUUUUACUAUAUUUAGGGAGGUAUGAGGGGACCAGGGUGGCUAGAUGGUGGUUUUAACCAUAUAGGGUCAGGAAUACAUAUUUGUGUUCCUGACCGUAUAGUGCUUCUUUAAAUAAAACUAUUAAGGUAUUUUACUCAACAUUAACUAGCCAAUUCUUACUGCUUUCUGAGGACUCCUCGAUUGGACACUACUGUAUCAGAUAGGCACCAGUUUCUUGACAGGUUCCUGCAGAUAAUAGUCUUAAAAGGUCCUUAGCAUUUGUAUUUGUUCCCUUAUUCCAAUUAUCGUUACCUAUUCACCUUUAGUGGGUUGCAAUUUGUUUUGUGAUAAGCACCAAUGAUACCAGUUAUGAUUUUUUUUCUAAUGCUAAUAUGAUUUGCCGCAGUUGUCUUUCUAUCUGUUGCGAUUCUAGAAAUAAAAUCAAGAUUGUAAUAAAAACUUUAAAAAAGCCCUUAGCAGAUGCUUCUCAUGUAUCAACAAAUCGCCAAAUGCGUUUCACCAGAAUGGGUUGUGUCAAUGGCACACAAUGAAUGUCCCCAGGCACCCUCCAAGUAAAACCCUUGUAUGCGUAAACAUUAAGGAAGUGUUCCCACAAUAACAUACUAGAUUCAACAAGAAUUAACAAAACACAAACCAAAAACUAAGAAAAGAUUCUCCUGUGUUGUAAUAGUUUGGUAAAUUGGCAGAAAUUCAUCAGGCCAUUGUAAAUUCAAAUCCAACUAUUUUGGCUUAAAAAACGAAACAAAACAGCCACUCCAGUCUUUUCUUACGUCAGCAUGUCUACAUAAAAGUAAGUUAUUCAAUUUAAAUGUCUCUUGAAUUCCAACACAGGCACACAUUAUUCUACUUACACUGAUUAGGUGUUCUAAACCAAAAAUCGUAUUUAAUGAGGAAAAGUAAAAAAAACAAAAACACAGUGCAGUGAUCAGCACUAUCAUCUUGCAAUAGGACUUGCUAGAGGGCAACAUCAGUGCUAAUAUCUCAAAUGUGAUCGGAUUCAGAAAAUAACUAACUACUGACCAUUCCAAAAGAGUUGAAAAGAAAGGCUUUGGGUGCGAUAAGGUUUGGAUUCUGGCUUUACUAGCAGACAGAUACAACAAACAUUCCCAUUUUACUCAAUCCCCUACACCUAUAAUUAGUAAAACCAGAUGAACUGAUAAUUUUUCUGAGGUCUAUUUUUCCAAACCUGUGUAUGUAUUAACAUGUAUUUUGUACAAUUCUAUUCUUCUUAACUCAUUGAUAUUUUGCUAAUUCCUAUUUAUUCCCAUGCAGGAUACGGCCAUAUAGUCCAAUUACUUUUUUUAAUUGCAAGGAUGAAAGUUAAGAGAGUUGUAUUGGCAUCUAGGCCUGGUAAGUGUUUCACUGUCUGCUUCAACGGCAAAAUCAAAAUAAAUGUUCCCUUACAAAUACAAUCUGAAACAUACUUUAUUUAGGUUUUUAGACUUUCUACAAUGCUUAAUUAACAAUUAAUUCACCACAAUCAAAUUACACUUGCUGAAAUAGCUUUACAUAAACACAUUUUAUUUGUUAAUUAGGAAUAUUUGGUGAACCAGUACCCGAAAACUUCCGCCUUGAGGAAGUGUCACUCUCAGAGGAACUUCACGAUGGCCACAUUCUUGCUCGGACUUUGUAUCUAUCCGUGGAUCCUUACCUGGUGGGUGAAGUCCAUUAUUUAUGUUUACAUCUUCAUAUUAAUUUUGUAGAUGUUCUCAAAGAAAACAUACAUCUUUGAUUCAUCAUUAAAAGUGAAGUUUAAUUCUAUCUUCAGCAAAAGUGAUCUAUAUAUUUCAGUAUGUAUCUAUAGAAUGAUCAGAAAAUUUUCAGGUAUUAUUUAUCUUGUUGUGUGAUGGUAAUGACUUGUAUGAUAAAUGGGGCCGGGAGCAGCCCCCCGAGAUGCAGUUAAGUGGCUUUUCAAUAUAUUUGGCCGUCAGAGCAAUUCAAAUGAACUUUUUUAUUCUCAACAGUAAGAUCUUUGGCAAGAGAAUGCUUUACUGAAUACUUCAGACAAGAGAGCUAGAUUACAAAAGUUUAACGUAAUACUGUAUUAUGGACUAUAAUGGUGAAAACCAUUUGUAAAUAACUAGAAAAUCUGAGUUCUAGUGAGACCAUAAUGUGUAGGUCCCUGUGUGUAACUGUGUGAUGCUUUUGUGUAAUACCUCUUUAAUUGGAACUCAACUGCAGAAUAUUCUGAGGGCAGGAACAGUAAGUUUCACCUCCUAUUAUAUUGGAGUGAAAUCAGUGGACUGUAUCUUUAAAUAAUAAUCAGGAAAAUGCCAAGUUAGUUCCAACUUGAAUUUUAAUAAUGAAGUUUUAGCCUUAGCAGCAAUCCUUAUUUGUCAACAGAGAGUUUAAAGAAAUUAAAUACUAUAAUUAAUUUAUAUGACUUGCUUUCCUUGACAAAAGAUUUACUUAACUUAGAAGCACUCUGGCACUGGAAGGGUUAAUUCACCCAAUGGAGGAAGAGGAAGGAGUCUCUUUUAACAAACUGGAGUUUAGUAGUGAGAGAAAGGAAGUCCGUUUAUCCAAGCCGAGGUCUGAGAGAGGAGAAGGUAGAAAUCCGUUUACAAGCCGAGGUCUGGGAGAGGAGAAGGUAGAAUUCCGUUUAUAAGCAGAGGUCUGAGAGAUGAGAAGGUAGAAAUCCGUUUACAAGCCGAGGUCUGAGAGAUGAGAAGGUAGAAAUCCGUUUACAAGCCGAGGUCUGAGAAGUGGAGCCGGUAGCAUCGAGUAGAGCAGCUGAUCUCACUGCCGCACCUGAGUGAAUAAUCCAGCACUUUGAAUCUGGCGCGGUCUUCCUAAGUAUCAUGGAAAGACCGCGUCAGAAAAAAGAGGCGGAGCUAAGCGCCGUGAACCCGGAAGUGGGUUCCGGUGGCAGCAUGAAUGUUAGGUAUACCUGACAGUACCCCCUUCUCAUGGGGCAUCCUCUGGGUGCACUUAUUUCGGUUUAAAGGGGUAGCGUUUGUGAAAAGCAUCAAUUAAUCUCUUUGCAUGAACAUUAGAUGAAUCUUCCCAGGUAUCUUCAUCAACUCCAUAACCUUUCCAUCUGAUAAGGUAUUGUAAAGAGCCACGGUGGAUACGAGAAUCCAAAAUCUUAUGAAUUUCAUAUUCUUCUUCACCUUGGACGAUGAUAGGUUCAGGAGUUGUUACUAUUUCUCUAUGGAAAGGAUCAGGGAUGUGUGGUUUAAGCAAAGAGACAUGGAAUACUGGAUGAAGUUUAAAACUUGGAGGAAGUUUUAAUUUAACAACGUUAUCAUUGAUGAUUGUAGUUAUUUGAAAAGGACCAAGAAAAAGAGAGCUCAAUUUCUUUGAAGGACGGUUUGUGGUAAUAUUUUUUGAAGAGAGCCAGACAAGAUCCCCUACUUUGUAAGGAGGGGGAAUUCUUCUUCUAUUGUCAAAAAACUUUUUCUGGUAGUUUUGAGCGAGUUGAAGAUUCUCCCGUAAUUUGAGGAAUAGAGAGGACAUAAAUUCAUUUUUUGAUGUAACCGUAGGAUUGGAUGAGGUAAUAGUUUGGAUGGGAAAUGAGGAUGGAUGAAAACCAUAGUUGGAGAAGAACGGAGUCAUUUUCGUACUAGAAUGAAUGGUAUUGUUGUAAGAAAAUUCAGCCAUAGGUAACCAUGUGGUCCAGUCAUCUUGCAGGUAUGAACAAUAACAUCGGAGAUAUUGUUCCAGACAUUGAUUAACUCUCUCUGUUUGCCCAUUAGUUUGGGGAUGAUAGGCGGAAGAGAGUUUGCGUUGAAUUUGAAGAGAGAGACACAUCUCCUUCCAGAAUUUGGAGGUAAAUUGUGUCCCCCUAUCAGAAAUAAUUUCUUCUGGAAGACCAUGGAGUUUUAUAAUAUUAUCAAUAAAGACUUUGGACAAUUCUACGGAGGAGGGUAAUUUUUUUAAAGAGAUGAAAUGGGACAUUUUUGUGAAGCGGUCCACAACAACAAGAAUAGUGGUGAAAUGUCGAGAUGGUGGAAGGUCAACGAGAAAAUCCAUAGAAAUGGAUUGCCAAGGUUUUUCUGGAAUGGGUAAGUUAAGUAGUAAUCCAAAAGGUUGAUUAUGUUCAGAUUUGGACCUUUGACAGAUAGGACAAGUUUUGACAUAUAAUUCAAUGGUUCUAUCUUGGCGAGGCCACCAAUAAUAUCGUGAAGUUAGUUCAAGAGUUUUCUUUAUUCCAGGAUGUCCAGCUAGGGGUGAAUCAUGAACCAUUUUGAGUAAUUUGUUCCUAAGAAUGGGAGGUAUAUAAAUUCUAUUUUUAAAGUAAAAUAUACCAUCCUUUUUUGUUAAAUUAGGUGUUUUGGGAAGUUCAAGAUCCUUUUGAUUCAAGUUCCUUAAGUCAUCCUGAAGAGAAGAGAGGAUCCCUAUUAUUUUGUUAGGAGGAUAAACAUCAAUAGAAGUUUUAGAAGGAAUUCGAGAAAGAGCGUCAGCCUUUUUAUUUCUAGUUCCAGGUCUGUAUAUUAAUUGGAAGUUAAACCGGUUAAAAAAUAGGUUCCAUCUAACUUGUCUAGCCGUAAGGGUUUUAUUAGUAUAAAGAUAUUCAAGAUUUUUAUGGUCUGUAUAGACUAUGAUAGGUUGAUUUGUAUCUUCUAAUAGAUGGCGCCAAUUCUCAAAGGCAGCUUUAACACUUAAUAAUUCCUUUUCACCAAUAGGAUAAUUUUUUUCAGCAGAGCUCAAGGAUCUUGAAAAGAAUGCGACUGGAUGAAGUGGAUCUUGAGGAGUCUUUUGCUGAGAAAGAACUGCUCCGAUAGCUGAAUCUGAUGCAUCGACUUCUAGGACAUACAAGAAUGUUGGAUUAGGUAGCUGUAGAAUAGGUGCAGUUGUAAAUCUUUUUUUUACACUGUCGAAGGCAGUUUGUGCAUCUUUAUUCCAUUUGAAAGGACGUUUAGUACUGUUAAGGAGGUUAAGUGGAUGUGAUACCUCUGAAUAGUUUCUAAUGAAUUUUCUAUAGAAGUUUGCAAAUCCAAGAAAUCGUUGCAAUUCUUUUGUAGUAGUAGGAACGGGCCAGUUAAUAAUACAUUUGAUUUUAGAGUUAUCCAUUUUCAGAGAAUGAGGUGAAAUAAUGUAUCCAAGAAAGGAGAGUUCAGUAACUUCAAAAAGACAUUUCUCUGGUUUAGCGUAUAAUUUGUGAGUUCUCAAUCUAGAUAGAACCCAUCUUACAUGCUUCCUAUGUUCAUCCAAAUUGUUAGAAUAUAUAAGAAUAUCAUCUAAGUAGAUAAUAACACAAACAUCCAAAAGAUCUCUAAAGAUAUAAUUUAUAAAAUGUUGGAAUGUUGCAGGGGCAUUACAAAGCCCAAAAGGCAUCACUAGAUAUUCGUAAAGACCAUAUCUAGUCCGGAAGGCGGUCUUCCAUUCAUCAUCCUGUUUUAUUCUAAUGAGGUUAUAUGUGCCUCGGAGGUCGAGUUUAGUGAAUAUAGUUGCAGUUCUUAACCUUUCAAUUAAUUCAUUUAUUAGUGGAAGAGGAUAACGAUUUUUUAUGGUUAUUUUAUUUAAGGCUCUGUAAUCUAUAAUGGGUCGGAUGGUUUGGUCCUUAUUCCUCACAAAAAAUAUACUAGAGGCAGCCGGUGAAGUCGAGGGUCUGAUGAAUCCUUUACGUAAAUUUUCAUUAAGAUAUUCUUUUAAGGUCUGCAAUUCCUUUUGUCAGGAUACUGACAGGGAUCCAAUACGCAGAGUGCGGACAGAAGGAGGUACGUAUACCGGACCUUAGAAUGGCCGGACUAACGUAGGGACAAAGCAAGAAUAGUCAAAAGGUAAGCCGAGGUCGAGGGAGCCGGAGGACAGGUAAGCGAGAUACAAGCCGAGUCAAAGGAGAGGAGAGGACAACAGGACAAAAGACAAGCAAGGGUCAAAACCAGAAACACAAGAUAAAGAACGCGCUGAGUGACUAGCAAGCUAGAACCACGACAGGGCAAUGAGCAGUAGUAAAGGUUUCCUUUAAAUACCCUGUUACCUAAAUAGGGACCACGCCCCCAAAAGGUCCGGAAUAGCGGUUCCCGGCACUUCAUGUAAAUGCCGACGUCAUGACGUCGACGCUAGCCGUCGCGUCAUAAAAGGGGGAGGAGCUAGCGUGGCCGGCGCGAAAAUGGCCGGAAUAUGCCGAAAUGCUAGGGGCAGGGAGCCCCUAAACAGAGAGGAUGUCUUCCCUGGAUUCAGCACCAACAGGUACCCUGACACCUUUUCAGAAAGUGGAUAAAUGUGUCCAUAAGGAAUGGGAGCACCAGGUAUUAGAUCUAUUGGGCAAUCAUAUGCUCGAUGAGGUGGAAGUGUUUCCGCUUCUUUUUUACAAAAGACAUCUGAAAAGUCAGAGUAGAAUGGAGGUAUAAUUGAUUCCUGAGUAGUUUGGAGAAUAGGAAUAUGUUGGAAACAGGUUUUUUUGCAAAAGUCAGAAGGAAAAGAAAUGGAAAAGGGUGACCAUUUAAUUAAAGGAUCAUGAGUUUUUAACCAAUUAAUUCCUAGAAUGACAGGAUAAAGUGGAGAUUUAAUAACAUCAAAUGUAAGGAACUCUGUAUGUACGUUAUUGGUAAUCAUUCUUAGAGGAAUUGUCUCAUCUUUUAUGGGUCCUGAGGAUAUAAAUGAACCAUCAAUAACUCUGAUUGGAAUAAAAUUGGUUUUUCGAACACACGGAAUUUUAUUCUUUGCAACAAAAGAAAAAUCAAGGAAGGUUCCAUUAGCACCAGAAUCAAUAAUGGCUUCAGUCACGAUUCUUUUUGUAUCCCAUUGUAAUAUGAUAGAUAUAGAAAAAUAAGUAGAUGUUUUCCUUUUUUGAAGAACGUUCAAUAUAGAAGUAGAUGAAUGAAGCUUACCAGCUUUCGAAUGGAUUAGUAGGGGACAUUCUGGGAUUAGAUGUUCUUUUGAAGCACAAUACAUGCACAAAUUUAGUUGUCUCCUUCUUAUCCUUUCUUCCGAAGUAAGAGGGCUUCUUAUUAUACCAACUUCCAUAGGUUCAUUGUGAGGAAGAGAUUUUUCAGGAAUUUUUGGAGUAGUAAAAUGUUUUCUCCAGUUAGAAGUAGUGUGAACUUUUUCAGCCCUUCUUUCUCUUAGACGUCUGUCAAUACUAAUGGAAAGUUGAAUCAAUGCAUUUAGGGUGGGAGGAAGUUCAGUACGAGAGAGUUCAUCUUUCACAGCUUCUGAUAAUCCGAGACGGAAUUGAUUGCGUAGAGUGAUGUCAUUCCAUUGGGUUUCUGUAGCCCAUCUUUUAAAUUCUGCAAUAUAAUCUUCAACAGGUCUGUUCUUUUGGUGGAGAGUUCUGAUGUUUAAAUCAGCAGUAGCCUGUUUAUAAGGAUCUUCAUAUAAUAAAGACAUAGCUUCAAAGAAUUCAUCCAAUGAAUCUAAUAUGGGAUCAUCAUUCUCUAAAAAGGAAUGGGCCCAUGCCAUAGGUUCACCUCUUAAAAAAGAAAUUACUGAACAAACUUUUGAUCUUUCAGUGAGAUAAGAUCUAGGUUUUAAAGCUAUCAGAAGUUUGCAAGAAUUCAAAAACUCUCUGUACUUUGUUCUAUCUCCAUAAAAUUUUUCUGGAUUACAGACAGCAGGAUCACCAGCCGAUUGAAGAGCGGCAUGAGGAAGAUGGCCUUGCAUGUCUCUAACAUAGGUUAAUAUUCUCUCAUUCGUGAUUUGCAGUUCCUGUAACCCUUGAGCAAUCGUAUCCACUCUGUUGGUUAGGGCAGAAACUUGUGAGUUAAUAUCUGCUGAUUCCAUUGAAAAGGCUGGAUUAUUCUGUGAUGCUUUUGUGUAAUACCUCUUUAAUUGGAACUCAACUGCAGAAUAUUCUGAGGGCAGGAACAGUAAGUUUCACCUCCUAUUAUAUUGGAGUGAAAUCAGUGGACUGUAUCUUUAAAUAAUAAUCAGGAAAAUGCCAAGUUAGUUCCAACUUGAAUUUUAAUAAUGAAGUUUUAGCCUUAGCAGCAAUCCUUAUUUGUCAACAGAGAGUUUAAAGAAAUUAAAUACUAUAAUUAAUUUAUAUGACUUGCUUUCCUUGACAAAAGAUUUACUUAACUUAGAAGCACUCUGGCACUGGAAGGGUUAAUUCACCCAAUGGAGGAAGAGGAAGGAGUCUCUUUUAACAAACUGGAGUUUAGUAGUGAGAGAAAGGAAGUCCGUUUAUCCAAGCCGAGGUCUGAGAGAUUAGAAGGUAGAAAUCCGUUUACAAGCCGAGGUCUGGGAGAGGAGAAGGUAGAAAUCCGUUUACAAGCCGAGGUCUGGGAGAGGAGAAGGUAGAAUUCCGUUUAUAAGCCGAGGUCUGAGAGAUGAGAAGGUAGAAAUCCGUUUACAAGCCGAGGUCUGAGAGAUGAGAAGGUAGAAAUCCGUUUACAAGCCGAGGUCUGAGAAGUGGAGCCGGUAGCAUCGAGUAGAGCAGCUGAUCUCACUGCCGCACCUGAGUGAAUAAUCCAGCACUUUGAAUCUGGCGCGGUCUUCCUAAGUAUCGUGGAAAGACCGCGUCAGAAAAAAGGGGCGGAGCUAAGCGGCGUGAACCCGGAAGUGGGUUCCGGUGGCAGCAUGAAUGUUAGGUAUACCUGACAAACUGUAUCUUGUGUUAAAGAAGAGAGCACUCUGUUGAUCCCAGGAAGGAAUGUUUGGUUACCAGAGACGGAUUAAAUCAAGUGAUGCUCUUCAUUGAUUCGUUAGCUAUAGUGGUGAGAAGGAUGGAUAAUGACACGGAAAUCUUCGGGUACUAAACAUUUCCUUACUAAUGGUCAAUGUGCUUUCAAGCAGCUUUCAAAUAUUCCAGGGUCAAAUAGGAGAUCAUAACAGAGAUGUAUCGGCCACAGAGAGUUUCUGACAUGUCCAAACAUAAGUGGCCUUUGAUUCAACAAUGCAGACACGCACUGGUCUACUGAGCUCUAUAUGCCUCUGGUGGGUCUGUUAGUGUGGUUGGAGGUUGGUGUGUUGUUUUAAGCCACCUUUUUCUCCAGAAAGGUGGCAAAAGCACAGACAUCUGAGGAAAUACUCUCAGAUCUGUCAACAUUUUCUUUAGGGUCCUGACUUUUUUAAACGCUUUUGUAGAUAUGAAUGAGCCAUAAUAAAACUUGACAUCACACAUUAUCACCAAAAUUAUCUUGCAGCCCCCAAGUUCCAAUACUUACCCCGGACAUUACAGAUACUUAUCCAAGCUUUAUCUAGAGAAGCUUAAAAGACUACUCACCAGUUUAUAUGGAUUAACCAAAAGAUAAGGGUUGCCACUAAGAUACUGCAUAUCCCAAUAGACAAAGGGGGAUUUAAUCUUCCCAACGUCAAACUCUAAUAUCAGGCAGCAUUACUGCCCACAGUAAUUACGGCACCCGCUACCGAGAAACCUCCACAGUGAGUUAAAAUAGAAUCUUAAUGGGCAAGCCCCAUGGGGCUACGGUAUUUAUUUUGGAUACCUGCAGCCAAACGACCAGCGACAUUACAUACCCUACACACCACCAAACUACUACUAGGUGCCUGGGAUGGACUAAGGAAGCACCAGGGUUACGGAGAUGAGUGGACAUUGAAUACCCCACUCUGUAGCCUUCACAUUGCCAACCCUUCAUUUGACUUACGGCCCAGGCUAGAGAGGGGAUGCACACAAACAAGACCGCUUAUGAACGGAGCACACACGCUACAGUUCCCGGAUGUACAGAGCAAAUUGAACUUCCCUGCCAGAGCAGUAUUUUCCUAUUUACAACUUAAAUCCAUGCUACUACCCAACCUAGCAUGAACCAUGAUACCGAUCAUGGCGUAUUUUGAAAGGACAUGUGCCUCCCUGACAACACCAAAAAAGAUAUUCUCUUCCACAUACAACCUAUUAAAUAAGACGACAACACACGUGUGAUACGUAAAUGGUAGCCGGGAAAACUGACAUAGGCAAAGAAUUUGACAGAGCACAAUGGACCAGAGCCUUUUUGGCCCACAAAGAAAAAAAAGAGUUGUGUAUCACACCUGGAAUAAGUACAAAAACUACAAUACAGAUGGUACAUGGUACCAAAUUGGCUAGCCCACAUGUACCCAAACACGUCUAGCACGUGCUGGCGAUGCCUAAAAGAGAGCGGAAAAUUGUAUCAGACCUGGUGGUCAUGUGCUAACAUUCGCCCCUUUUGGAGCAUGGUGGGAAACAUAAUAUGAUAUUUUAGAGGGCAGACUAUAUCACGCAUGCCUGAAAUGUGCCUAUUAUUCAUGAACUCAGGUUGACUUUCUAAGCCAGAUGCUAGCCUCCACUUCCACAUCCUUAUAGCAGCAAAUCUCCUAAUAGGAAGGUCAUGGAAAUCUACCAAUAUACCACUCUUGGCUGAUCUGAAAAGUCAAAUAUCAACAAAUCUAGACUACAAAUGCACGGCACACACACAGAUUCUACUCUCUUCCAUUCUGUACGCCAUGAUUCAUUUUGAUGUCUCAAUAAAAAUUGUCAAGUUGGGGGAGAAAAAAAAUCUCUGAAUUAAUUUAAAAUAAUUUGUACUUCAUUUAACAAACUUGUUAUAUUUGCUGGAUUUAAUAAAGAUUCAAAGCAAAAGAACACUGCGGCAGCUACCGGCCUAUCUCAUUACUCAACGUCGACACAAAACUUUUAACUAAAGUACUGGCCACUAGGUUACAACGAGUGCUGCCAAGCAUUAUUCAUGCAGAUCAGACAGGGUUCAUCCCAGGAAGGGAGGCGAGGGACAGCACCCUACGUCUGUUCUCAAUCCAAGCCCGAGCACGGAAAUCAGGGGACCACCUUCUCAUUCUCUCCACGGACGCUGAGAAGGCCUUUGACCGGGUCAACUGGUCAUAUAUGAUGGCCACGCUGUCCGUUAUGGGAUUGGGGCAGAAAAUGAUGUCGUGGAUAUCAGCUGUCUAUGACAAGCCCCAAGCAGCGGUUCGGGUCAAUGGUGCCCUAACCGACAGAUUUGAAAUAAAUAAUGGGACGAGACAGGGAUGCCCCCUGUCCCCUCUCCUAUUCGCAAUGACCUUGGAGCCCCUUUUGCAGGCGGUAAGACAAAACCCUGACAUCCGCGGCUACACGUGGAGAGACUCUGAACAUAAGGUAGCUGCUUAUGCUGAUGACCUCCUAUUCUUCAUCACUAACCCCCGCAUUACAAUACCCUGCCUACUCGCCACCAUGAAACAAUAUGGUACGUUGUCAGGAUUCAAACUCAACUUAUCAAAAUGUGAGGCGUUGAAUGUGACCUUCCCCUCGAACCAAUAUACUGACCUGAAAAAUAGCUUUCCAUUCCAAUGGCGUGAUGAACGGAUGAAAUACUUGGGAGUGUGGAUCGCCAACAAUCCCCAGCAUAUAUACCAACACAACUUUGCCCACUUGCUACAGACAAUAACAUCAGAUCUGGAGAAAUGGGCAUACCCACACGUCACGUGGCAUGGGCGCAUAGCGGUUCUCAAAAUGAACGUGUUACCAAGAAUCCUUUACCUGUUCCAAACCAUCCCAUUGGCACUACCUAGAUCCUUCUUCUCGACCCUGAAGACAGCAAUAAUACGUUACGUGUGGCGUGGAGAGAGGUCUCGAUUGCGAUACGAAACGUUAUGCCUACCCAGACUCAAGGGAGGAUUGGCACUCCCCGAUUUCCGGAAAUAUCACCAAGCCGCCGCGAUGCAACGCAUCCUGGAAUGGCAUGCCGCUGAUAAUCCAAAGCAGUGGGUGACUCUUGACAGAGGCGACUCAGGGGCCAAGCUCAAAGCCGAAGUGUGGCAGGAGACACCGGGAUACAGAGGGAGAGAUGAGAUCGGAAACCCAGUGACCCAAACUCUGAAAAUUUGGGAGCGGAUCCGGGGGCUGUCAUUCGUCUCCCCGAGGCCUACCCCACUGACCCCGAUCACGCACAAUCCCAAAAUUGGAGGGGGCCUCCCGGCCGGUGCAUGGACAUUCAUAGAGGAGGGUGAAUAUAUCCCGAUCCGGAAGGUACUGGGAGAGGGACGGGUGAGAUCCCUGGAUUCCCUACUGGGAGACGGAGCACGGACACCCAUGACAACGAUGAGAUAUCUGCAACUAGUACAUUUUUAUGACUCAGUCCCACAUAAGGAACUCCUGCACAGAGAGCUAACCUGGUUCGAGUCACUCUGUCAUAGAGGAUCUCGACUGGGUAACGCAGUAUCCACACUGUAUCAACACCUUCUGGUGGGAGGCAACAGGGACAACAACACCUUCAAGCUACGAUGGGAAACUCAGUGCCACAAACAGCUUUCAACAACACAAUGGGACACAGCCCUCCUCUGGCAGCAUAAAAGUUCCUCCAGCUCGUACUAUCAAGAAGUCAAUUAUAAACUGAUUUCCAUGUGGUACAGGACGCCGGUGGCUCUACAUCGGAUAUUCCCGACAGUUUCUCCUCUGUGCUGGAGAUGCCAAGAGGAAAGAGGCACUAUCACACAUCUGUGGUGAGAUUGCCGAGCCAUCACACCGUACUGGGCCCAAAUUCACACUGAAACUAAAUCAAUACUUGGUGAAGAUGUGGAAUGGUCGAUGGAACUAGCCCUGCUACACAUGACCUCAAGCUCCAUCUCCAGAUACAAAAAGUCUAUUCUACGCCACUUGCUGAACGCGGCAAAAUCCCUUAUACCCGCAUACUGGAAAAAAACAGAGUCCCCGACGCACACGGAAUGGCUCCACAGGGUAGGGGACAUACAAUCGGCAGAGGCACUCCAAGCUUCCCUCACGGGGCGCUCAACCAGGCACGCGGAGAUCUGGGGACCAUGGUUCGUGUACCAAGCGAACAGACAGUAAGCGAACAAAUAGUAGACGGAUUACUCCGGCGCCUCCGGGGGGCGGUGGAGAGGGAAGAAGAGCCACGACCGUUCGCGGCCGGGUCUCGUCCCGCUGCUCACCCCCAGGCGAGACGCACCCCAAAUACACACAGCUCAUGUAAAGACAUCUACCACCUGAUAACGGCAUACUCAAUACACCCUGCACACCUUCACACACACGAUAGCCUGAACGUCAAGGCAGGCAAUCAUAAUGAACGCCAUCACUACACGCACACUGACACAUCACUCAAAGCCACAGACAUCGCAUGCAAACACCUCAAACAGCGACUGGCGCCUAGUGGACAUGCCCCACUGCAAGACGGACGGCUCUAACAAAGGACAGGGACAAUGCAAACAUCGCCCAAACACAUUACGCAACGACUAACGGGCACAACAUAAGGGAUCGUGGCGCGACUCCCCACCCACACAGAGGGAACACUCCUUCAACACUAGAUUACCCAUGAAAGGCAGGGAAUACACACAGACUACGAGAAACGAACUUGGAAGACACCGGCGCUUUCAACCCCCAACAACAAGCAAAAUAGCACAUCAUUGACACUUAUGAUACUCGCUCACAGCAGAUGCCGAAGCGGGAGGGAGGUAACCCCCUCAUCCCUACCCCCCCUCCCCCCUCUCCCCUCCUACCCUACCCACCCCCUUAUACCCGACCCCCUAGAACAACACAUUACCCAUCACUUCCAAUAAGGCAGCGAUAGACACUCAUGGUAACGCUGACUACCUCAGACUGAGACAUUACACUGGGAGGUUCCGAGGGUAACUUAUAACAAUCACGAGAGGGGACAAAUACCAAUUACCAAAGCUGACCUAUAGCUCAUACCCGCCCCGUACACGUGAAGGAAGGGUACGGAAAGGUGUUCCCUAGAUACUUAAGCAUACCUCGACACACAACAUACAGUCUGUUUAUGUACUUAAACUACCUUAUUCACUGUAACUAAAAACGUACGGUUUAAGAAUUGUACCCAAAUGGCUCCUGUCACAUGUUAUAUUUCAUUAUCAUUAUUUGCAUGGAGGCCUGCGUGCCUCACUUUCCCCUUGUCUUAUCUCAAUAAAACAGAUUUACAAAAAAAAAAAAAAGAUUCAAAGCAAAAAAAUAUAUCUUGCAGCGUUGUCAAAUGGAUGACACUGGAAUGGAAGGUGUUCCGUCAUGGAAGAUUGGUGGGGUCCUUGACAGCAAUGGGAUCGGAGUUGUAGAAAAAAGCAAAACCAACGGGUUUACUGCUGGGGAUAUUGUUUCAAGCUUUAAUUGGCCAUGGCAGACACAGUGCAUCUUUGAUGGCAAAGUCUUACAAAAGGUAAUGUAUGAAGAGUGUCUUUACAUCUAUAUGACAGUCUUUAAAUGGUUACCUCCAGCACCAUGGCCACUUCUGUGAUUUGAAGUGGUCAUGGUGGCUGGAGUCUGUCUGUGCAAUGUUUCACUCAUGUAAGGUAACAUUUAAGGUACUGAGUCUAACAGUUAGUGCUUUAUAAAUAAAAUAUACAUAUAUUGUAUAACUAUUAAUUUACUUUCCUUUUAAUAUUUAAAAAAAAAGUAUUAGUAUUCCUGCAAACUCUAUAUUACUAUAAAUGUCCACACUGUAUAACUACUCAACUUAAAGGAGCACUAUAGUCAACUAAAUUACUUUAGUUAAAUAAAGCAGUUUCAGUGUAUAGAUCAUUCCCCUGCAAUUUCACUGCUCAAUUCACUGUCAUUUAGGAGUUAAAUCGCUUUGUUUCUGUUUAUGCAGCCCUAGCCACACCUCCCCUGGCUAUGAUUGACAGAGCCUGCAUUGAAAAAAAAACUGGUUUCACUUUCAAACAGAUGUAAUUUACCUUAAAUAAUUGUAUCUCAAUCUCUAAAUUAAACUUUAAUCACAUACAGGAGGCUCUUGCAGGGUCUAGCAAGCUAUUAACAUAGCAGGGGAUAAGAAAAUCUUAAUUAAACAGAACUUGCAAUAAAGAAAGCCUAAAUAGGGCUCUCUUUACAGGAAGUGUUUAUGGAAGGCUGUGCAAGUCACAUGCAGGGAGGUGUGACUAGGGUUCAUAAACAAAGGGAUUUAACUCCUAAAUGGCAGGGGAUUGAGCAGUGAGGCUGCAGGGGCAUGUUCUAUACACCAAAACUGCUUCAUUAAGCUAAAGUUGUUCAGGUGACUAUAGUGUCCCUUUAACACUACGACUUUAUACUGUGACGUAACUAUAAAGUGCUAAGGAUACAUUUUAGUUCUAUAGCUAGGCAUGAUAAUUUCUAGAUUCCAUUGUGUAUCUGUAAUACUUAUUAACUCUUUGUGUAACAUUAGUACGUUAGACAUUUGUUACUCUAUCAUUAAUCCCAUUCAUGUCUUGAAACAGAUGGACCCUAGUCUUGUGAAUGGACAACUCUCCCAUUUUCUGGGUGCAGUCGGCACUACUGGCCUAACUGCGUACCUUGGUAUGAAGGAGAAAGGUCAUGUGACUCCAGGAGCCAAUCAGACUUUGGUGAUCAGUGGCGCAGCCGGAGCGUGUGGCUCAUUGGCUGGGCAGGUAUGUGGGUGCUGCUUUGGACUGUUAAGACGGUUAAAUAUCUUGUACUAUAACACCAUAGAGCAGUUUUUCCAAAACCAGUCCUCAAGACCCAUCAACAAUCCAGGUUAUGUCAGGAUCUUCAUAGGGAAAAAUAAAUCCUGAAUUGUUGUUGGGCCACGAGGAUUGGUUGUGGAACCACUGUCACUUUAAAAAGUCUUAGUUUUAUGGACUGCGGGUAGCAAAAUAGCUGCCAAAUUAUAGACAUGCUACAAAUGUCUGUGCAAAACGAAUUAAACUAACAAACACAUUGUGUCUAAAAAAAUAAAAAGAGUUCCUUUAUUCUAACUCAACGAGUGUGAUUUGUCAAUACAUGAACUGUAAUGCCUGCUCAAUCCUCAGAAUUGGUUUAACCCUUCAUUGAUAAAAUAAAGCAUGACUUUCUCAACAAAUGGCAGGACAUGUUCUAAUGAUUUUUAAUAAUAGUAAUUUUUUUAUUAUAAUUUAACCACCUGUCAAAAAUUAAUAUAGCCAAUAUACAGCCAAUAAAAAUCUCUUCUCUCCGUGAAUAGUGAGAGUUUGUAAGGUUUAAUAGAGACUGCCUCACAUUCCAUCACUGAAAGAGUUAAUAUGAGACUGCCUAACAUUCCAUCACUGAAAGAGUUAAUAUGAGACUGCCUAACAUUCCAGCAGUGAAAUGAUUAAUGAACAAAUCUUCCUUCUAGUUCUCUGUAUGCCCCAAAUGCCAUUCCUUUUUAUUGUUUAAUGUACAUUGCAAAGGCGUUACAUGCAUUGUUUUGCACCUGACCAUGCCACAACGUCACGUAAAUAGUCUUGGCACACGACCACCUUUGUUCUCAAGUAUUCUAAGAAACCCUACCCCUAUCACCUCCUAUUCUAAAAAGAUCCCACCUAGUAAUGCCCCCUAGAUACGUUUUAUAUCAAUGAUUUGUUAUAUGCUUUCACUAUGCUGUUUGCAUGAACUUUACGCCCUGUUAAUUAAUAACUGUCACUGGUAAUUAAUGACACCCCUAGACUGCCCCUUAGUAGAAUUCCUUAAAACUGUUGCCCUGUCCACUAAACAUUGAACAUUCUGUGCAUUGACUCCUUUGUAUGGUCUAAUCAUUGAGUGUUCUAAGAGUACUCGUGCCAGCCUUUCCUGGAUAGAACUCUAAGGCCAAGGCAGGUAAUUCUGGUGAUCACCAGGGACAGGGAAGGAGCAUGUACCAACACCAUUUAAGAAUGAUGCUACACAUGCUGUUGCCAGGCAAACUAACUCCGCAAUGUUUGUGGAACAGGGAAAAUAGCAGACCAUGUAGACAUCAUAGAUACUGUAAAAUAUAGAAAUGGAAUGAAUACGGGAAUAAUUCUUACAUAUUUAUUCUAUGAACUCUCUCUCUUGCCUUGUUACUGCCUUCUCUGUUGUUGUGUAGAUUGGCCGUAUCCAAGGCUGCUCCCGUGUUGUGGGUAUCUGUGGUACUGAUGAGAAGUGCUCUUUCCUAAUUAAUGAAUUGGGCUUUGAUUGUGCAUUGAACUACAAGAAAAAGAACUUGGCAAGUAAACUGAAAGAGUGCUGUCCUAAUGGAGUGGAUCUGUAUUUUGACAACGUGGGAGGAACGAUCAGUGAUAUGGUUAUCAGCCAGGUAAGAAUUCUUGGCAAUACUCAAAUUUCUUUUAUCUCACUUUUUAAUCUUUACUUAUCUGUAAUGGUUCUAGUACUUAGAGUGUCCCUUUAAGCAGUCAGUUUUUGAGCCAUAAUGGUAAAUUAAUCCCGUAAAGUUCAGAUUUAUUUAAUUCAAAUGUUUAUAACUGUCAAACUGUCACGGUUAUGAAAGCUGUUAAAUCGUUCUAUUUCAGACUGCCCUUCUAACUGCAUUCUAUCCACAUUAAACAUCAGCUACCUGAGAAGUUUGCUUAUAGUUUAAAGCAAGGGUUCCCAAAAGGUAGAUCCCCAGAUUGUUUUAAAACUACAGUUUCCAUGAUGCUUUGUCAUUCUAAAGGCAUGCAAAGCAUCAUGGGAGUUGUUGUUCUACAACAUGUAUUGAUAUGAUUUAAAGGGACUCUCCAGUGCCAGGAAAACAUAUCGGUUUUCCUGGCACAGCAGAAUCCUGCAGUGCCCUUCUCUCUCCCAUCGCCCAUCCCAUGUUGCUGAAGGGGUUAAAACCCCAUUCAGUGACUUACCUGAAUCCAGUGCCGAUUUUGCUCGGUGCUGGGUAAGGCUCCACCCACGCUCCUCUGACGUCAGCAGGGGAGACCUAAUGCGCAUGCGUGGCAAUGGUCGCAUGCGUUUUAGACCUCCCCAUAGGAAAGCAUUAUUCAGUAUACUAUACAUAGCGUGAGGAAGUCCAGCAUCGUUUAAAACACUUUUCGUGUUCUAAGAACAUGAUAGUUCCUCUGAUAGACAGCCACUAGAGGAGGACUUAACCCUGCAUGGUAAAAUUUUAAAGUUUAUAAAAAGCUCAAUAAUUAAACUUGCAGGGUUAAGGGUGGUGGGAGUUGGCACCCAGACCACUCCAAUGGGCAGAAGUGGUCUGGGUGCCUGGAGUGUCCAUUUAAAAAUUGGAAAUAAUAACAAAAAAUAUAAAUAAGUCCUCUUCUCCUUUCCAGGACUCCUCUUCCUGGGUAGGUCUUUCAAUGUGCUCCUGUCAUGCUCAAUGCAGACUUUGUCUCCCUUUAUAAUAUAUACGGUAGUAAACACAAAUAUGGCUUAUGCAGAUGGAUUGUACACAGAUACUCCUCUCCUGAGAGACCUGGGUGCAUCCUGUAACUCCUAGUGUGGACACACAUGAACUUUAACCAUAAAUGCUCCUGUCCAAGUUGUAACUGCAGCAGUUUGUGAAAAUAGCUGCAGAUUUAAGUCCACAACACAGCGGAGGAGUGAAUGCCUGCACAAAUACUUGUAUUAUGAGCACACACACAAGCCUUCACUGCAUUUGAAUGCUGUCUUGUUUCUGUUACAUUGAAUUCCGUCACCAUAACGCUAUUCUUUUAAACAUUAAAAUAAAUAAAUCUCACUGUUUUUGCAUUAAAAAAAAACCUGUCAAGUCCUGCUAUACUUAACAUAUAAGCUCCUGCUGGACCCGGGAAUGUAAGAUAUGAAAUUAAAGGAAAGUAAAACUCAUUAGAGAGUAAAUGGUCGCUUAUUGCGUAAAUUUAGCAAUACUGAAAGAUUUUAGUCACCUCUUGUGAUGAGUGUGCACUACAGAAGUGGGAAACGCUGUGUAUUUCCAGAAACACAUUAACUUCAUUUUUUAAAUAUUUAAAUAUUCUUAUUUUAUUUGUAUUCUCGCUAUAUUUUAAUACAUUAAUAUGGGAUCAUAUUUUUUUUCUCCUAACAGAUGAACCAGAACGGUCAUGUCAUUCUGUGUGGCCAAAUAUCCCAAUAUAAUAAGGACAUGUGUCACCCACCCCCACCCCCUCCUCAGACAGAGGCCAUCCUGAAGGAACGCAACAUCACAAGGUUUAGAACAUCUUGGGUCUUGGGAGAGGCUGUUAGUUGGACACACCACAAACGUGGUCUUUUUAACAGAGAAUCACACAUUCUGUUUAUAUCAGCUGCCUAUGUUUAGAUCUGUAUCACCGUGCUAAGGGUAAACCUUUUUAAAUGUCUCUGACUACUUUGACGUAAACAUAAAAUUUUUUGUGUAUGAUCAAGAACACCUCAGUUUACAUUGUGAUAUACGAACAUCUCAUUGACUCCUUUGCUUCUGCAAAAGGAAAUACAUAAAAUGCAUUAAAGCUAGCGAAAUGGGAGAAAAUUAUUACAGUACUUACUGUAAUUUUAUUUUCCUGGUAAUUUUCCAUAACCGCAUCACUUAUGUAAUACAAACAGAAGAUUAAGGGCUAAAACAGUUCCGCUUGUAUGCAGAAGAAACAAUCUUGACAAUGUUGACAAGGGUCUCUCCUCCUGGCUAGAGAAAUGGUAAAAAUUUACAAUAGAGGGAUGGUUGCGCUUCAGAUGGAUAUAUAUGUGAGACAAAAAGAACAAAUAAGGUCCAGUGGUGGAGUAUAAUUCUAUUUCAGGAGUGCCCGUACAUUAGGUAGAGCUUCACACAAGCUCUGAGAUAUUGGGCCUGGACAGGGAUAUAUGGGAGAUAUCUUCUUGUACUGUAUGUUGGUCGUCACCAAGACAAAACCUAGAGCAGAGUACAGGUACAAAAUAUGGUGUAGUAUGUAAGGCAAGUUUUGAAUAACAAUCUAAGUAUGUAGUUUAUGCACUCACCUGUAAUAGAGCUCUGAAUGGCUCCAAUAAGUUGGCAUACAGUGGUACAAUCCCUACUUUUGGAUAUUUCAAACAGGAGUAAUCAGUGGUGUCAUGUAAAAGCACAAAAUAUAGUGCUCUCCAUAGACAAAAUCGUUCAGUGGAACUAAAGAAUGUUACUUUAUUCUAUAGGUAUUGCUCAAUCCUUAGCGCUUUAGUGGAUAAAAUCCCCACUAUGGAUAUAACUGAAAAAAUGUUCACUUAUGAGAAAGCAUCCAGGAGCAAAGAUAAAAAGGGAACUUGUGGGUUAGCCCGGCUUCUUAGAUGUCAGGACAGGAGUCAAAUGCAAUAAAUAAUUACAGCUAUGUACCCCCUCCCACCCUGAUUCACCAGUUACCUUUAAAUCCAAACCAGAAGGAACCACAAUAGAAUCAGUGAUGUUUUCAGGUAAAAUAGGCAGGAAAAGAAAAUGACGGUUACCAUUGUAGCAAUUUCCUCCAUCUCUGGCUAACCGUGACAGCAUCAGCUAUGGGUAAUAUACAAGAAAGCUCAGAAGAGAAGAACAAAAAAUAGAUUUUCUGCAAUAAAAAGCCAACAUAAUUUAUUAGUAGCAUCCACGGUCUAGACUUCUGAGCUAGCUGUCAUAGCUUCCGCCUACAUGGAGCUUGGUGUGUUUGAUAAAUGUAGGAAAAGUCCAGGUUGCUGUCCUACAAAUAUUCCUGCUUUUUUUUUUUCUCAAUAGGAAGCCAGUUAAAUACUGACAGCAUCCGGACAUGGUAUCAACCUAUUAUGGGUUCCCAGUCGAAGCCAGGGACAGAAAACAAUAAAUAUAGACCCAAAGGACAUGAGCCGUGUGGUCCAUUUUGGGGUUAAACCGUUUGUAAACAAUUUAAUCCCUUUAACCCCUUAAGGACACGACUUCUGGAAUAAAAGGGAAUCAUGAUGAAAUAUUUCCAUCAUCUGUCCUUAAGGGGUUAAGUAAGAUGGCACCAAGUACCAUAAUAACUUCAGUGGCGCCUGGAGUGUUUCUUUAAGUUGUGUUGGUGCUGAGAGUGUGCCUGUGGUGUCCUUUUAUCUAGUCUGUGGAGUGGAUGUUUACUGCCUUUUCCCUCUCUACCCAUCAGAUAAACCUCCAUGAAAUCUUGCUCAGAGACAGAUCUUGAAGACAAUUCUGAUGGCCUGAGUCUUUUAGCUGAUGGCUUAGAACAGACAGAGGCAACCUUCGGCACUCCAGAUGGUUUGAACUACACCUCCCAUGAUGCUUUGCCAGCAUUAUGGGUGUAAGAGCAUUAUGGGGGAUGUAGUCCACAACAUCUGGAGUGCUGAAGGUUGACUUCCCCUGGCUUAGAAGCUACGGGUUGAAAGCUCUCAUUUCAUUGUUGUUCUCACACCUGAGAGGUGGGGAUAACACAUAAGUGGUGCUGUCAUGAUUUACCUGGAAAAUGAAACAGGAAAAAAAAAACAAAGAAAAAAGAAUGAUGGUUUUGCUCCACUCGACAACUCUACUAUAAACUAAAAUAUAUUUACAGGAAAACCGCAAAUCUAUCCCAAUGACAGGAUAGAUCUAGCUCCGCACAUAAUGAUACAUGAAUAAUAUCUUACUUUGGAAUGUUUCAUAUACAGCAGUACUGAUGAUGAUGGUGUAUAAAUGUUUAUAAUAAAAACGUCAGUACUUGCUGCACAUGAAAUUCCUAUAAAUUCCUAUAACUCUUUAGGAAGGGCAGUGAAGAUUUUGGGAUUUAGUUCAUGUGACCAUAUGUUACUCCCUACCCAUAUGUACAACUGAACUUUAUAUUUUAAUUUCUUUGGUGCUUUUGCAGUAUCUGCAAGGCCAGUACAUGGAAUAUGUUGCUGUACUCCAUGCAUUAAAUGCAUAAGUAGUUAUAUGGAAACCCUAUUAAAUUCAAGUUGCCUAUAUGUAAUAGAUAUUUAUGUAAAUCACAGAGCAAGGCAAAUUAGGACAAACUAGUUCGUAUCUUUGACACAUAAUUAUUUCUCUCCAUUUAGAGAUAGAUUCCUGCUUUUCAACUAUACAGAUCAAUAUCAGUCGGGCAUUCAGCAGCUGAGCCAGUGGCUGAAGACCGGGCAAAUCAAGGUAUGCAUGUGUAUUAUAUUUAAACUGUGUGUGGAUUGAUACAAUCACUAACAAACCUCGGAAUAUUGGUGGAUCAUAGUAGAACUAUUAAACGGGUGUCCCUCUGAAGGUUUUAUGUUCUCACUAACAUAACAGAAAAGCUGGGUUCUCCAUGGUUCAUUGGAUGAUGACUGGCCCCAGUCUAUGUUUCUGAUUGUGAUGCAGCUCUACACUUUAAAAAAUAUGCACAUCGUAUGACCAGAGGUCGCCAUAAGAUAGACAUAGAUCCCAAGCAUUAAAGCGGACAAAGCAUCAAGGAACUUAAAGUACGUCACCUGCUGGAAGUUUAUUGUUUAGCCGUAGUCUAGACAAUUUGUUAAAGAAGAUUACCCUCAGCAGUACUUAGGAUUGUGGGAGUUGUUUUUCUAAAACAAGAGACUGCAUUUUUUGUGUGUGAUUGAGAUGAGGUUAUGAUCAUUUUCACGUGUAUUCAUGAACACAAGCCAGGAGAAAUGUAUGAUGUUAAAGGACCACUAUAGGCACCCAGACCACUUCAGCUCAAUGAAGUGGUCUGGGUGCUAGGUCCCCCUAGUUUUAACCCUGCAGCUGAAAACAUAGCAGUUUCAGAGAAGUGUCAAAAAAGGUCCCCAUAGAACAGCAUUGAGUAAUGCUUUCCUAUUGGCGGGUUUGAAUGAGUGUGCCUUUGGCAGCGCAUGCGCAUUUGGCUCCACUUGGAAGCUGAAGUAGAUGGAGGAGGAGAGGUCACAGUUCCGAGGGAGCCUGGCGCUGGAUUAAGGUAAGCAAAUAAAUGGUUGGUUAACAAUUUUUUUUGCCAAGGAACGUGUAUUCCUAACGCUACAGUGUUCCUUUAAAAUCUCCGUCUUUGUUUGUGCCUUUGAAAAGACGAUAUGUAUAAUCUUCAAGUCGUAAACAAGAGAUUGCACUAAAAACCUUGGGACAUCUUUGCAAUUUCCCGUAUUUAUAAACGAAUGUUAUGAAUAAUGCAGAUUUCACAGGGUCAAAGUUUGCAUUUGAUUUAUCCACUAAAAUUGAGAUAUGGGAUUUUAGAACAUUUAUGAUCUCGUUGAUUGAUGACCUGUUGAUGUUUUACUUGUAUAAAUAUAAAUCCUGUUGCCUAGGAGUUUCUGAAACGCAAAAUACAUUGCUCUGUAAGGGAAAAACAGCUGUAUAUAAGAUGGAGGUUAUUUUACACGAUUUAAUGGCUCUGAGUUUAGUUUAAUAAAUUAAUCAUACAGGAUUGAACUUACCAUUUAAAAUCUAGAGUGCCUAUUAGGGUAGCUUCAAACUAAUAUGUAAAUAGUUUAAGGUAAUUGCGCAACUUGUACUGAAAUUAACUUGAGAUUUGAGCUGGUACUUGCUAUUUGAGUUGUAUAUUUUCGCCAUGCUUGUGUAAUCUGGUUGUUUUGGCUACGAUAGUGGCUAAUAUCAAGAGUGGUAUAGCACCCAAGGUGCUAAAUUACUGAACUGCUAGCCAGGUGUUUACAGGUUGAGAACUAUACCAUUAAAAUUUGCGUUGUGCAUAAAAGUCUAAGAGCCACUUUGGUACUUAUUGUAGAUGGCACGUUGAUAUUACACUGUUUUUUUGUUUUUGUUUUUUAUCCCUUUAAUGCGUACUUUGGGGGCUAUUGCAAGGAAAAGAUAAAAAAAAAUAGGUGGUCAGCGCAAAGAAAAGAUGAUAUAAGGGCAAUUCCUAGUAUAUAAAUCUACGAAAAAUAAGAAAUUAUGGUGCAGUACAAUAAAUAAGUUAAGAGUAAUAUGAAUAAGUCAUGUGCAAACUCACUUUUUAGAGCAGUACCAGCUCUAUUUAGCAGGCCUGGACGGAAUAAUCACCAUCUAUGGAUAUAUGUGGAGAGUAUUCUCAGCUUGAUUCCAAAAUUAUGGAGAUAUCAUGUAAGAUAACACAGGGGAAAGAAUCCCAAUGAUAUGGUACGUAAAAUACAGUGGUAUAAAUGGAGGAGCUAAUAUUACUUACAUAACCCAGAGCAAUGUCCUGCUCUGGUGUGAAGAGCGUGAGGUGGAACAAUACCCACCCAAGGAUAGAUGUAGAAACCGGAUAGUUGUAGCAACUGUAUGGAUGGAUACCUCACAAAUGGUUUAACAGCUAUUAAAAUGUAUUCUAAAAAUAGUUCUGUGGGUAAAUAAAAUUAACAAGUCCUCAUUUUACGCGUUUCGCCAAAGCUUUCUCAAAAGUGGAUGUUUCUCUGUUAAUCUUGCUACAUAUUUCACAAGGGGGAGAGAAUCCCAUGUUGGUGAUUUGCCGUCAUUGUCUGUCUGAUAUUGAGCAACUAUAUACAUUCUGUUUUACGAAUUGGAAUGGAAUGAAUCACCUGUCAUGACUUUGGAUCUUUAACAGAAGAUCACCUUGUCUGAAGGCUUUCAGAUUCUAUUAUACAAUAACACCCACAUCCAGCCUCUGCUGAACAAUGAGACAUCUUUCCCUGUGAUAUUAUGUAACACCGAAUCUGUUCUUUUUAUUAACACGCACUGAUACAUAUUUCAGGAUGUGAUUUCACAGAGUAACUUACCAAGCUGUUUUAUUGGGAAGGCUGUUAACCGCAAAACAAGUAACGGCAUUCUCUCUGUUAGAUGGCUUGUGUUUGUAUUAAAAGUAAACAGUGAGAUUGAAUAGAAUAGCUGCAAGUUCUACAAAUUAAUUUUUAUCAUUGACACACAUUCUCAUUCACAGGCAAAGGAGACUAUUGUGCAAGGAAUAGAGAACACAGCAGGUAAGGUGGAAUGAAAUGGUUAAUAUGAACUGGAUUCGUUUGUAAGAUUUGGAAAAGGUACUUCUAUCCACAUUGCUAGUUUUUGUAGAAGUUCCUUUGAGAAGUGGAUUGUUCAUGUGGCGAGAUAGUAAUACUUAUGUGCUCACAACUUCGUGGAGCAUCGUAAAUACUGCUUUUCAUAACUUAUGGGCCCACGAGAAUCCACUUGGAUAUAUCCUUCUUAGUUAUUUUCUUGACCUAUUCAGUAUCUUGGUAAUAAUAGCAGCAUAUAUCUAUUUCUAUCAAGCUAACAUCUUUAAGUGUAACGGUCAUGGUAGGCAGAACUUAGGCUUAAAUUAAAUGGUAUUAAAUUUCAUGCAUACAUUGUGAAAGCAGAAAUGCUAGUACAUACAGAAAGCCCCCGUAUCCACCGAUUCAGGUACCACAGUUUUAAUUAACCACUGUUGAUCACGGUCCAUAGAGUAAACAUGCAUAAUUUAAAUUGUGAGACGUUUUGAUUAAAUCUCAUGUGGAGAGAUUGCAAUGUAACGACUUUUGUUUGAUUCAAAUACCAAUCUUUAUAAAAGGAGUUUACUCAAAACAUGUUUACCUUUUCUGUGCACCUGAUAGAGAAAUAAUUAAUUUCAUACACCUCUUACAAGACUCGUAUAGGCCGUAAUAAAUCGGAAUUCCACAGUUCAUUCAGAUCGGCUUAAGUUACACAAGCUAUAUUUAUACUCCUUUCGAGGGGUAUGCUCUCACCAUUUUGAAUAUGUACAGGAGGCCUUAUUUUUAAUUUCUCAGUUAAUAUUAUGGUUUUCUGAUAAUACUCCUUGGCAGAGAACUGUAUCCUUGGUGUAGUAACCCAGUCUGGGAAACAAUAGACCUUCAUGGAAUUUGGGUGUACAAUUUCAUACCUGGCAGAGGGACCUGAGCACUGUGGGUGCCGGUCUUUAAAAAGAUAAUUUAUUUAAAUCUUUUCCUAUGAUCUGACAAAUGGCACAUUCCUAUACAAACAAAUUAACCCUUCUUGUGCUGUAAUCAGCCCUACCACCUCUACCAGGUAACCAGUCCAUGUAUGUAUUACGCACAUCACACACAAAAACAAUGAAUUGUGCUUGCUGGGCUUGACACUACUAACUAUAUAUAGAUUUUACUGGAAUGCUCUUUAAAGCUUUGACCCAUUCAUACCUGUCAAUCUACCAUUGACAGAAAUCGUUCUAGGCCAGAGGUGUUUAGGGCAAACAAGAGGAUUGAGUGACCAGGGAGAGCAGGAGAACCUUCCUACAGAUUGUUCUCCUGGUCUCUGUCGCAGUGCUGCAAGUUGGCAUCACUGUGGAGGACUGCCUUGCUUCAGUCCAACCACAGCUGAGAAGAGGUUGAAGAGUAGAUUUUAGAGUAGUGAUUCAUUUAUGGACAUCCAAUAUAACGGCUCCAAAAGCCGCUAUAUAUCUCAUGUAUCAAUAUAAUAAACUAUUUAUUUGCUGCCUUGGAUGCCGAGCUAAUUAAAUGUGACCAUGGUAUGACCGGUUCAGAAAAACAAAAAACAAAAAACAUCUUAAGGAACACUAAGCAUGAAAACCAUUUCAGUUUAGACUGAAAAUGUAAAAUAUUUUUGUUUCUGAUCUUUAUUGAAAACACUGCUCUAAUAGCUGCCAAGCAGAAAGCUACUAGAAUCACUCCCUCCUUUAGAUCCUUUUAUUUCUUUCAAUUUAGACUAAUUGUAUACUUUUAAUCUGAGAAUUCUAUAUUACAUUCUUUCUUAAAUGUAAAGCAUUUAGUAAGCAGUUGAAGUGGAUCCCGUGUUGCAUCAUGAAGGGCUAGUACAGCCAAAGGAAUGUACUGUAUGACCCAUUCCAUCAUCCUUAACUGUCCCCGUUAAAAUCUUACAAUCCUGGGAAUUAAAUUGAAAGCUGAAACGUUGGUCCAGAAACUCUACUUGCUUUAUAUCUAGUGUGUAUCUGCUAUUGGAAAUGUAAUUCCCAGAUUAAAAGGUUACUCCAACCACUACAACAAUUUUACCACUGGUUUCCCUCUUACCUGGUCCUCACGGAUGCUUGGUCUUCUGUGAAUCAGAGCUGCAAAAGCAAAAUGCCGAUCCUGCCCCUCAUUCAUUGGCUGAGAGUGUCAGGUGAUCACUCUCAGCCAAUGAAUGAGUAUAUGUGCUUCUAAAUUUGCACAGAAUUGACAUUAGUCAGACAGGAAGUCUUGCACAGGAUUUACCAGAUGCUACCGGAGUUGCAACUCCAGCAGUAAAAGGGUUAAAGGACCACUAUAUUCACCCAGACCAAUUAAGUGGUCUGAGUGCCAGGUCCGCCAUUUUACUGUCUGUAAAUUUAUUCUUUUUUAACCAUAAUAAACUCUGUGCCACUGUGCGUGAAUUCCCCUCUAAAAUUAUUACAUAUUUUUUAAUUCCACUCUUAGAUUAUAAUAUAUUUAUAUUGUUUCCUCAGGUGCCUUCUUGUCUAUGAUGACCGGUGGAAACAUCGGAAAGCAGAUUGUGAAAAUUUCAGAAUGA